AUGUCCGGUAAACGCAUGAAAGACGACCUAGAAGCUGGCACCGAGAUGCUUGAACCCAUUCGCGUUGCGGAGAGUGUUCUCCUUCCAAUCCCUCGGGAUACCUUUGAGAAACUCUACCUGAGCCCUAAGAUGCAAACCGCGGGGAAUCUACGUCGCACUUUUGGUAACCCAACCCCCAUUGCGUUCCUGGGUAUCUUGGUUCUCGGGCUGGAUUGCACAUUUGUGGAGCCCACCGAGGCCCAUGAGACGUCUCUGCGAGGUUAUGCGCCUCUAGUGGAUCGUAGUGGUCAAUCUUCCUCGGCGGCGUUACCUGAGAGAGCUCUAUGCAUGGAACUGGGCGAUUUAUUCUUUACCCGCAAUCACACGGGCAUUCACAGUCUCUUCCACAAGACAUCCUUUUUGGCGUCUUUGGAAGACGGGUCUCUCCCAAUGAUUCUCUUUCUAGGCUGUUAUCGGGCUUUCCGCUCGGUUUUCCGCCCAUUCCAGUCUCUCAGCUAUCCAUCCUUGGGACUGUGCCGUCCAUAUGUACGGGAGGCAGAGAAGCUACUUGAUCUCCACGAGUUUUCUUUGGUGACCAUCCAAGCGUGCAUACUUCUGGCAGCCCAUUGGAACGGAAAAACAUUCGAGAUAAGGCACGGACUUUAA